AUGGCAGCCGGGGAGAGCGGCAAACCCGGUGAGAAGGGGAAGCCUGGCCCCAGUGGCCAGAGCGCCUUACCUAAAAAGGAGAGGCAAAAAAUAAAGCCAAUCCAAGUCAGGAGAAGCUUGAAAGACCUCCUAGUGAAGGAGGAUCCGAGUCAACUCAUCCUUAAUUACAGCGGGAAAAAAAUAGGGAGCGCUUUUCCUGAUGAGGAUGUGAAGAAGCAGGAUAUUUUAAGUGAGUUCCAAAAGGAAGAAGCCACAAACGGUGAAGACAAAAGGAAAGAAGGAGGAAAUAUGGACAGACUCUUUAGCACAGAAGUAAUUGAUAGCCACCAAAGAAUUAUGAUGGAAGAAUUGAAAGAGCUGCUAAAUAAGGAAGACUUAACUGAUGAAAUGAAGAAUAAUAUUAAAUCGCUCUAUAUAGAAGUGCAGGAAAUCUAUAUGGAAAUAAAAAACGACUUAAAAAAGAAUUGUCCCUCAUCGGACGACAUUAUAAAUUUGUAUCGAUCUGACGACAUGAACAAGAAGAGUAAGAAUGCUAUUUGGAGAAAAUUAUGUUUUUAUAAAAUGCUCGGGGAUCAGAUGAGUGACAUUCACAUUUGCACCAUUUCGUCUUAUCGGCUAAAAUAUUUGAAGACUAUUUAUAAGUGGUACUGUAAGAAUAAGCGUGUUUUGUUUGGUAGUCGGUUUGGUCAUCGGUCUGUGGGGGGAGAGCCCUCUUCUCGCGGUGAUGAGACGACCAGUAAUAUUACGACCGAUGGUGAUACCUCCAAUGGUGAUACCUCCAAUGGUGAUACCUCCAAUGGUGAUAACUCCAAUGGUGAUGCUACCAAGGAUGUGAUCGGUGCGGAGGGGAUGAUGGAUGGGAGCGACCCAGUUGGUGCAGGUGUCGCCGCCGACGCAGUGGAGUCCGCGGAAGGUGGAACAUCUCAGAUUGAAGAUAGCUCAUCAGCGCGAAGGGAAGAAGAAAAUGGGGUGAAGAAGAAAAAAGAGGACGAAAGGGAAAAUCAAAAGGGAGACGAGAAAAGGGGUGAGACAGACAACUAUUGGAGAGAAGCUUCGGACCAGUUCGAUAACCUUCUCACGAGGCACAUGCAGGAAAUAAAGAGACCUACUGAUGAGGGAGAAAAGAGGGAAGUCGAUUUGUGCCACGAACAAAAGGAUGAAAUGUCAAACAAACAGACAGAUAAUAUCCUGGCGAGGUACAUAUUUCCGAAUUCGCUUUUUGAAAAGGGUGAAGAGGUUACACCGGAGAUAGGAGAAGAUAAACCAUUUUCCAGUGCAAACAGAGGAAAUGACAUGGAGUUAGUCUACACGGCGGAUGAAGAGGAAGAAGAAUUGCUGCCUACCCAGAUUGACACAAAGAGAAUCAUGGAGUUGGAGGAAGAAAUAAAACGACAGAAACUAUUAAUCAAGGAGAAGGAAAUAGAAAUAAUAAACUCUCCAAUUGGAAUUAAAUUUAAGGACAUCUUUGGAAACUUCCAGGACAUUGACAUAAACGACUGA